CUUACGUCAGCCUUACGUAAGAAAGUGACCUUAAACUUAGGUAAUAUUAUGACAGAUUUAUUACGUCAGUCUUACGUAAGACAGUGACCUAAAACUUAUGUAAUAAUAUGACAGAUUUCUUAUGUCAGUCUUACGUAAAAAAAGUGACUUUAAUGUUACGUCACGAUAUGACUUUAAUAUUACAUAAGAUGUACGUAAUAUGUAAGUCAUUUAAUUACAUCAUAUAAAAGUCACGUUUUGGGUCAGUAUUAUGUCACUAUGACGUAAAAAUUGUAUUACCUAGAUAUGAUCUACGUGUUACGUAAAUUUUAGGUCAUAAGUCACGGUUUGGUUCACUGGGUAACUACUUUAUGACAUCUUUUUCUUUUAUAAUUUUUCUGACAUUUUUUCAACAACUAUCAAAAACAUAUUAAUUAUUUUUUUUAAAACAAAAACCAAAAUUAACAAUAACUUUUUCGUAUUCCCUCUGUAUGUUGCAACAGGUGGAGUCGUAGCAUCAAUAGGUAAACCAAUGGAAUGGGAUGAUCCAAUAAUGCAUACAGAAGAAAACUGUUAUGAUUGCGUUAAUAACGAUGUUUUUAGUAAGGGAUUUAAUCCAACUAAAAGCAAAUUAAAAACAUAUAUCGGUGUAGAGAGUGCAGUUCGCCCACUUCCACAUAGUACUAAAUUUCCAGUCCCAUAUCGUCCAAAACGCCCAAUAAGUUUUUUACACUCUGAGGAUUCAGCACCUUCAAAUAGAUUUUUUGACCAAGAUUUUGUUCAAAUGGAUGAAACUGAGGUAGUUUUAAUCUUAAUUUCCCAGGAGCAUUUGAAUCGUAUAGUCUGCAUCAUAUAGACUGCACUUGUCGCAAAGAUAUGCAGAAAUUUUAGCACAAGAGCUGAAAUCCGUUGGACUUUUAGCUCCUGGCGUGAAAGUUACUGGCUAUAGACAUCGACAAUCUCAAUUUUUGCCAUAUUUUACACAAUCUGAAGACAACAGCUAUGCAUUUUGCAACAACGUUGAAGGUUUAAUGUCCGAAAUGGGAAUUGACCAGUAUGAGCCAGAAAAAUGGCGCAAUUUCAUAGAUUCAAGCAAAACUAGCUUGAAGGCAGUUUUACUGUAUGAAAAUAGCACUAUAAAACCGGUGCCAGUUUUAUAUGCAAUAAAAAAGAAGGAAAAUUAUGAGACAAUGGGGUGGAUUUUAAAAACUCUAAAUUACAGUUGUCAUGGAUGGCGUGCCUGCUGCGAUUUGAAGGUGGUAACAUUUUUGCUGGUAUGCAAUCUGGAUAUACUAAAUAAUGUUGCGCAUUUGGUAAAUAGCCGUUUUUCUGGAAAUCAGUACAAAAAGCGAGAUUGGGAACCAAGAACAUUUACCUCAUUGGGCCAAUUUAACCAAAUUUCACCACCAUUGAUGCACAUAAAAUUGGGCAUAGUGAAAAGUUUUAUUAAAACUCUGGUAAAGCCAAGUCAUCCUGGAAAACAUCCAAGAAAUAUACCUGCUUUUAAUCACUUAAAUACACAUGUAUUCCAAAAUUAUCAUUUGAAAAAGUUGAAGAAGGCGUGUUUAAUGGACCCGAUAUAAGGAAUGAAAGAUAAAACAUUCAAUGAUUGUUUAAAGGAGAACGAAUUGAGUGCCUGGAAUUCAAUAAAAGGAGUUAUUGAAGGUCUUUUAGGAAACAAUCGGGAUGAAAAUUAUAGGGAUUUGGUCAAUACAAUGAUGAUUUCUUUCGAAAAAAUGGGUGUAAACAUGUCACUUAAUGUAAAUUUGCUCCAUGCACAUCUUGACCUGUUCGAAAAUCAGCUGUCCACCGAAUCAGACGAGCAAGGCGAACGGUUUCAUUAAACAAUAAUGGAAAUGGAAAAUCGUUAAAGAGGAAAGAGGUUUGAUUCGAUUUUGGCAGAUUUUUGUUAGUCCAUGGCAAUGGAAAUUUUGGCAUAAAAUUAUAAAUAAAAUUUGUUAUAUCUUUUAUGUUGAUUAUGUGGAUUUGUUAAAAAAGAAUAUGUUUUUAAUAAUUAAUAGUAGAAGCGAAAGAACUAAGAAAUUGC